CGUUUUCUCUCUUCUCCCUUCUCAUUCAUUUUCUCACACCUCCUUCCUCUUAGGAUAAAUUUAGCGGCGUAAUUCGCGAAGCGUGAAAAUGGCGGGAACGGAUUCAUCUCGGGAGGAGAGUGUUUACAUGGCGAAGUUGGCAGAACAGGCGGAGAGGUACGAGGAGAUGGUUGAGUUCAUGGAGAAGGUUGUGAAGGCGGUGGAUGUGGAGGAGUUGACAGUGGAGGAGAGGAAUCUUCUCUCUGUGGCUUACAAGAAUGUGAUUGGGGCAAGGAGGGCUUCGUGGAGAAUCAUUUCCUCCAUUGAGCAGAAGGAGGAGAGUAGAGGCAAUGAGGAGCACGUGGGUGUUAUAAAGGAGUAUAGGGGAAAGAUUGAGGCUGAACUAAGCAAGAUCUGUGAUGGGAUUUUGAAUCUUCUUGAGUCUCAUCUUAUCCCAGCCGCUACAUCUUUUGAAUCCAAAGUGUUUUACCUUAAGAUGAAAGGUGAUUAUCACAGGUACCUUGCUGAGUUUAAAACUGGGGCAGAGAGAAAAGAAGCUGCUGAGAAUACUUUGUUAGCUUACAAAUCCGCUCAGGAUAUUGCCCUUGCUGACUUGCCCCCCACACACCCCAUUAGGCUGGGUCUUGCACUCAACUUUUCUGUCUUCUAUUAUGAAAUCCUUAACUCACCAGAUCGUGCUUGUAAUCUUGCCAAACAGGCAUUUGAUGAGGCAAUAUCCGAGCUUGACACGUUGGGUGAAGAGUCAUACAAGGACAGCACAUUGAUCAUGCAACUUCUCCGAGAUAAUCUGACUUUGUGGACAUCAGACAUCACGGACGAAGCUGGAGAUGAGAUCAAGGAAACAUCUAAGCAACAACCCGGCGAUGGGCAGCAGUAAUGUGGUAGUUGAUGGGAUAUGUAUUAUUACCCUUAAUAUAGAUCAAUGUGGGUUGCCAUAGUAGAUUGUAUUAAUGGAUUUCAUGAUUUCAAGUGCGUGUUGCGCUUGGGAUUUAUAAUGUUUCAAUGGAUCGUUUGUGUUUUAUUGACGAGAAGAAUGUGGCUUUGGUGGUUAGAUUUGCAAGUUUUUUAUUGUUUAGUAUGCGAAUGCAAGCGUUCUUGUGAGAUCCAUUUGCAUAUAAUGCUGUUUAUGCUCCUGAAUCCCAUACAGAGCACAGCGGGAAAUAUUUUUAUCACUUUCAACUAUCUUAGUACGAAAUAUCUUUAUCGGGUAGUUAUAUUUUUAUUUCAUGAUGUAUGUUUCUGAGUUAUCCAUUAAAUUAAAUUAAUAUUUU